GGCACCGCUAUCGUAUCCAGGAACUCGCUCCCACAUCGCCAUCUCGACAGCCUCACGGACUGAGGGCGCAGGACCAGACCUCGCCGGCGCGACAAACCUCCCGGGCAUGGACGUGCGCGUCGAUCUCCCCCACAUCCCAGGCGCAUCAUAAGCCAGCUCCCUCGUCCUCUUCCGCCCGUGGUGAGAGACGAGCGAUGGAAGUCGCGACUGCGACACACACCAAGACGGAAGGGGCCCCGCACCCGCCUGAGGAAGGCACCACCACAGGCCAGAGCCGCAUCGCCCACACUCUGACAGCUUGCUGUCGUUGUCGGACGCGCAAGACGAGAUGCGACCCCGGACUCCCUCGAUGCGGGCCAUGCGAGCGCACCAAUUCCCACUGCGAAUACUAUGACCCCACAAAGGGACGCAAAAUACCCCGGAACUAUGUCGUGCACCUGCAGCAGAAGGUGCGCGACCUUGAGAAGCAGCUGGCUGAUCUCGAACGGGACGACGUGGAGCCGGACCCUGAAGAUGUGAUGCGCGGGGCAGCCACAGUGCGUGUCCAGGACUCUGACGAGUCCAAAUUCCUAGGGCCUUCCAGCGGUAUCACCAUAACCCGCCUGGUGAUGCAGCUGGCGAAGCAGUUUACCGAGUCAAAGAGCAUCUCUGAAAUUGUGCCACACGCCGAGGCGAAGAACAUCAAGGACACCUUCGCUCAGGAAGAUCAGCGACCCACCUCCAAGAUCUACCCCAUGGUCAGCGACGUCGCGGCUGAGGAACUGCCCAACAGAGACCUCACCAACCUACUGGUAGAACUCUUCUACUGCAAAGUGCACCCCAUGUACCCCAUCUUCCACGAACCAACCUUCACCAAAGAUGUUGAUGAGGUCUACAACGGCUCCACUGAUCCCUACCAGAACUACUGUCUGCGCAUGGUCAUCGCCAUCAGCCUGCAGAAGAUGGACACACAGUAUGCAGGUCUCGCCGACAGCUACUAUCUCGCCGCCCUGAAAUACUUCGAAGCCGCCAUCAAGCCUAUGAACCUCAAGACCCUGCAAUGCUUUGGUCUAGUCGCCGGCUAUUCGCUCCUGACACCAACGAGGACCGCAGUCUACUACAUAAUAGGUCUCGGCGUACGCCUGUGUCAAGCAUUGGGCCUACACGAAGAGAAGACAAUCAGCAUGGGCUCUGGUGGACGUCAAGCAGACCCUCUCGAAGUUGACAUGCGACGCCGCCUGUUCUGGAGUAUACUUACCAUGGAUUAUGGCUUGUCGCAUAGUCUUGGACGACCGGCACAUUUCGCGACACGGCGAGAACAUAUCGACGUUAACUUCGGCGAGCUUGUCGACGAUGUUUACAUUACCAGGGAAGGCAUCAAGCCCGCACCACAAGCAUCGCUCAAGAAGUGGAUUGGCAUACACUUCUACAAGAUGCGCUUGCUCCAACUCGAGAUACGCAAGAUGCUGUACCAGAGGAAGAAGCCCGAACCAAAGGACGACCAGCAUCCCUGGUUCGCUCAGAUGCAGUCGAAGAUAGAGGCUUGGAGGGACACAAGUCCUGAAAUGGACGGCGGAUCAGGGCUUAACAAGGUUUGGUUCAUUGGUCGAUACAACACCAUGGUCGUCUUCAUGUACCGUCCUUCCCCACAAGUACCUCGCCCGUCCCUAGACGCCGCCAUUCGCUGCUACGACGCCUGCCAAUACAACAUCUACAUGACUAUGAAGCAGAUCGAGACGAAGAGCGUCGACGUGACCUGGAUCUUCACACAAGCCAUCUUCAUGUGCAUCAACACCAUGCUUUGGACGUUGUCAUAUUCCGAGGUGCGAAGACGUCAUAGCCGCGAAGAGGUCGAGGGUCACUUGAAGGUCGCUAUGGAGUCGAUCAGGCAGGCGUCCGAGCGAUGGCCUGGUGUACAGUCCGCCAUCGAUCUCUACUAUAACUUGAUCCAGGCUUGCAUGAGAAUCUUCGACAAGGAUGGCGAUGUGCCCAUCUCGGCUAGUUCACCUUCCGACACUGCCUCCGUAGGCACUGGCAAUAUUGUAGAUGGCAUCAAUCGGUCACGAACAACAAGUCCAGCAACGGCGUCUACCGCAUCGGUUCGCACGCCUUCCGAUAAGGUAUCAGGGCCUGGGCCUUUCGGCUACUUACCGGAACAUAACCAGCAACUCUUCAACCUUGGUAACGGCUUGUCGAAUCCGCCCAACCCUUUUUCAAGCGCACCGACACAACAGGCUGGACUACAGACGUCGCCUCAACAACCCCAGUCAUUGGCAUAUAACGAACUGAGCCCGAAGACAUCCAUGGAUAACAACAUACCCUCGUAUAGCUAUGCACCUACCGCUCAAUUCGCGCCGCUACCCACUACCUACGCAGAGUUACCUACAUGGAACCCAACGUUCACGAUGCCACCUCAAGACAACUACAACAUGACAAACAUGCAGAUGGCUUCAUCGCCUUUCUACAAUGAGGCUUACGCAGCGAACCAAGGCUACGAAAUGGCAGAUUAUCUCAACCCGGCCUGGAGUCAAGAUGCUAGGGGUACUGGACUCAACCAGCAACAACAGAUGGAGUUGAUGCAUGACUUUGAGAUGAACGAGGCGAAGAACAUCGAGAUGAUGAUUGAACAGAGUCACCAACUUUUCCGUCCACCGCAACUACAGCAAACAUACUGAACGCGCUGUCACUGUGUGACCAUCGAAAACGAAAUAUCAUACACAACAGAUCCUGGCUUGUCUGCAUUGGAGUACGAAUACUGAUAGAUACGACUCAGAGCGGACGACAACCCGGUCGACAGUCAUCUCGAUUCU